AUGGAACUCGAUCACGAAGCCCUCGACUGUCCGAGAAGACAUGUAGUGAUCCAAAUCGAAAGGGCGGCGGCGGUGGGCCCAGCAUCGGAAAGGCAAUGCUCCACCAACACGUGGCAGCCCGAACUGAUGUGCCCCGCUCCAGCUCUCGCUACCGGCGUCGACCCGGGCCUGCGGUAUGCGGGGCAAACAGCUGGUUCGAUUCCUCAACGGCUCAAAGGUCGACGGACUCUGGGGAUAGCGCUGGGUGAUCUUCAGCCCGGCUUAUUUACUGAGCCUUCCUUUGGUCCUUACUGCGUAACUGGAGUCUUUCCUGUGAAGCCGUGUCAGGUUGAGAUGGCAUUAGGGCUCCGCGACACCCUUCCGUCUGGGCAACUGAAAGAUCUCAAGCAGCGGAUCAUUGGUGGUUCUGUUGUGUAA